UACAGGAACUGCGCCGUCAGAGCACAGAGAGAGAGAGCAGUGACGGAGUGUGCUGCACACGAAUGUGCUCAGUGCUGCUAUCAUCCGAUAGAAGCUUGACAGGCGACCAGAGGGGGACACAGAUACUGAUAGAGGUGGAGAGAGACUCUCUUCCGACGUCGGUGCUGGAACGGAUGAGCGCGACAUUCGUCCACUAACCGGUUACCGUAUAUUCCACGGCGGCAGACACUACAGAUAUCCAAUGCUAGCGGAAUUUAGCUGACCAUAGUUGGACACGCAACAUUCAUGGUUUCUAGAUUUCCAUCAUCAUGGCAAUCCACAUCAGAGAGAAGGGGAAAAAAGGAAGGAAGAGCUGGCAUUCAAAUUCAGUGCUGGAGCAGGGCACAGUGAAAUGUAAAUCAUCAUCUGUUGGUGCCAUGAUCCCUCGUAGUAUGCGAACAGGUGGGAUGGCCCUGCCAGGGGUGGAGUCAAGGGAUGUACCCCUCAUUGGCUACCGGCCUUUAGCGACUGACGAUGUUCCCCUCAGCAGCCAAUCAGGGCAAGUGACUGACUGUACCGGACUGGACUCCUCUGAGGGGGAGACUUCCCCCAUGAAGACAACUUGGUACUGUCCUCUGGACUUGUCUACUGUGUUGGAGGAGGAAGAGGACGGAGUGAUAUACAAUGUAGUGGUGAAGCAACAGCGUAGCGCCCCCACCAGUGCAACAUCCAGCUCUCGUUCGCAGUGUGUGAAGGCGGGAACAGAGGAGAAGCUGGUUCAGCACCUCCUCCACUCCUUCGCCAUGGGAGACUCCUCCUUCAUCACCAUCUUCCUCGCCACCUAUCGCUCCUUUACCUCAACCAAGAGAGUGCUGGAUAUCCUCAUCGACAGAUUGCAACAUCCACCAGGAGAAAGUACAAAGAGUCAGAUUAGGCAACCCUUCAACAGAGCGGUGUGUAUGGUGUUCAGUAUGUGGUUGUCGGAGUAUCCUGAGGACUUCCGCUUUCUGGGAGAGCCUGGUCUUCUGCUCCGCCUGGCCCCCCUGCUGCCCUCCGACCCCUCUGGGACAGAGAUCAGGGGUCGCCUCCUCAGACUGGCACAGGAGCUCAGUGAACAGGCUCUACUGCCUGACUCUAGUUCAGAUAGGACCACCCCCAGCCCCGCCGACCCCACUAAGUUUGAUCCCACCAAUAUCCUGGGCUUCCCCGCUGGGCUGAUUGCUGAGCAGCUCACCAAGAUAGAAACGGAACUGUUUGUGCGUCUGGUCCCGUACCACUGCCUGGGCUCCCUGUGGUCUCAGAGGGACAAGAAAGGCUGCGAGGGUGUAUGUUGGUCCGUCCGGGCCACUGUACGCCAGUUCAACCGGCUGGCCAAUGCCGUGAUGGCUUCGUGCCUGUGGCCCACGCAGCUCCGCAGCCAGCAGAGAGCCUGCCUUCUGGAGAAAUGGAUCAGCGUGGCAGAGGAAUGCAGAGCCAGGAAAAACUUUUCUUCUCUCUACGCCAUCGUGUCUGCCCUGCAGAGUAACCCAGUACACAGACUAAGGAGGACGUGGCUAGAAACUGACAGGGAAGCAGUGAGGAGGUACGAGGAGCUGUCCAACAUUUUCUCUGAGAAGGACAACUACUCCCAGAGCAGAGAGCUGCUGAAAGAGGAGGGUACUUCGAAGUUCGCCAACCUGGACGGCAAGAUGAACAACAGGAGACAGAUAGGAUCCAGUGCCCAGGGCACAGUACCCUACCUGGGGAUCUUCCUCACAGACCUCACCAUGCUGGACACGGCCGUCAAAGACAGACUGGAGAACGGCUACGUCAACUUUGACAAGAGGAGACGAGAGUUUGAGGUUUUAGCUCAGAUCCGACUACUGCAGUCCUCCUGUAAAAACGGUGUUUUCCUCACCGACGAGGCAUUCCUACAGUGGUACCAAAGUGUACCCUCGUUAAAUGAAGAAGAAAGUUACAGACUGUCCAAUGAAAUUGAGGUGCCGUGCGAACCGAGCUCUGGUCGUACCCUGAACCCUACAGUGAUCAUCACACGGUGCCCAAACCUGAAUUCCUCCAGGACCAGCCUUGUUGCUGACAGUGACGGUCUUUUUUACUUCCCCUCCCCCGUCUGUCACUUUCUUUCCAAAUUCACGAAGCAUAUGAAAUCCCCCUCAGUUUCCUGUCUGGAUGUUGACUCCUCCCAUCCCACCAAUGACCCCAUCCCGUCUGCAUUGACACCAUCCACUCCCGUCAAAUCACAUCGUCGGUCAGUCUCCUGUGGCAACAAUCCCACCAAUAACAACAAAGGGUCUGGGCCUGACAUGCGGAUCGUCAGGAUACGGAUGGAUUUACAAGAUGGGAAUAUGUACAGAAGCAUACUGGUGACAAACAAUGACAAGACGCCCACUGUGAUUAGUUCUGCCUUAGAUAAACACAGUCAGGACCCCAAACAGGCAUCCAGAUAUGAGCUCAUCCAACUAUUGCCCGAGGGAAAGGAGUUGGUCAUCCCUGCCACAGGAAACGUCUUCUAUGCCAUGACUUCCUCUAGUGUGGACUUCCUGCUGCGCAGACAAGGAGGCAACACCCCUUUUCGCUCUCAACCAAUCAGCACAGAAACCAGUGCCACCUUUCCUCGAAUCAAAGCCAAGGGGCGGAGACUGUUUUUUUGACAACAACUCUUUCCCAAAUAGGCUACAUCUGAGACAUAAUGUAGCUAGUUCUUCUCAAGGACAGGUCACGAUAAGAAUGCAGGCAGAUAUCUCAGUGAGAUGAGGCCUUGUCUUUCCUAAUCUUUUUCCGAAGUGGAAACACAUUCUGACCAAGCUUGUUCAAGCAAAAUGUAUCCUGAAACCUGUCUGAACUUGUUUGAUGAACGUGUUCUUACCUGGGACAUUUCAAUAAAUAUGCUGCCCGUUUGUGUAUACCAGGUAGGCCAUUAGUGUAGAAGGGUGCACGUCUCUGGUUGGCAAUGCAUACUACUGCAAAUAUACACUGAGAACAAGACCAAUGCAAAUCUUUAACUGAUGGUGAAUGGUGCUGUUCCUUAAAUCUCUCUGACCAUCUAAUUUCCUAUUUAACCAAAUGGAAUGGCCUUGUAACCAAGAGCAACUGAGGAAUCCAAAUCAUCUUGCGUAUUUGAGGAAUGUGCCUCAGGUUCCAUCAUAGAGACGAGUUGAUAGUAGAGAACUUCAUUAAAUCAAAGUAUUUUGGGGGAUACGACCUCCUUGAAUUGACCAUGACAACAAAGUUGAACAUUUCUCCGUA